UGUUACAAAAUAUAAAGUCAACAUGCCUGCAGUGUGUUCAGCGUUCAACUGCACAAAUCGCAGCGAUAAAACAACAAAUAUUUCAUAUUAUAAAUUUCCUUUAAAAGAUAAGGAAAUUACAAAAAGAUGGGUUAUAAAUAUGAAGCGAGAAAACUGGUUUCCUACUACAGCCAGUUACCUCUGUUCAGCUCAUUUUGAAGAGAAAUAUAUGUACCACACAAAUGUCCAGAGGCGCCUUUUGUCAAAAGCAGUACCUGCUAUCUUUAACUUUCCACCACAUUUACAAAAGCAAGAUAAAGUAUUACGACCACAACCCAGAAAGCGAUCUUUCGACAAUUUGCAAGAUAGUUCUGUUACAGUGACAUCAUUAGCACAAAUGCCUGUCGGACCCACAUCUAUUUCUGCUGACCACAAUUACUGUCUACCAAGCCCUAAGAAGUUGAAAACACAAUAUAACAGAGUACAAGCAGAGAAUGUGAGACUAAAGAAGCGGAUAAAGCAAAUGAAGCAACUUAGUGUACGACACAAAAGAAGAAUAGUGCAGUUACAGACUUUAGUUGCUGGUUUGAGAAGAAGGCUAUAAUCCUGAAAUGUCAGAAAAACGUUUUGUUGAGGUUCCAGACAGAAGUGUUGCAAGUGGUGAGAGGCUCCUUAUUUAUAAACAAUGAACAUCUUUUUACAGAAACUGAAUUUGGUGAAGAAACCCAUUAUGUUAAACUGAUAAAACUGCUGCUCAAACAUUAUUUUGUAUGUCGAAUAAAUCACUUAUGCAAAUCAAAAUCAUCUGAGCAGAGAGGUAAAGUUGUGAGACAACUAUACA